CGAGUUCGGUAGUGGUUGGGGGGAGGGAGGGAAAAGUUGUCCAGCGGGGACGGAGCUGGCGACAGGAUAGCGAGCGAAGGCGAUCUUGUGUGUGGUGGUACAUUGUAACUAUGUGGCCCGAGUGAAGCACUUUCACUUCUUUUUCCAACUACAAAUGGAGACUCUAUUACUAACGCUGAUCGCCUUUCGCCACUGUCUGAUUGCAACAGCGUCACCCCUGCUGCUUUUUGCUAAUCGGCGCGACGUCAGGUUGGUCGAUGCAGAAUCGGUGAAACCUGAAUCGACGGUUGUAGUCAGUGGUCUGGAGGAUGCAGCUGCUGUUGAUUUUUUGUAUGCUGAAGGGGUGGUAUAUUGGACUGACGUGAGCGAAGAAGCCAUUAAACAGACACAUGUGAAUCUAACUGGGAAAUCCCAAAAAGUGAUCAUCUCUGGUCUCGUUUCGCCAGACGGAUUAGCUUGUGACUGGUUAGGCAAGAAGCUGUAUUGGACUGACUCUGAAACUAAUCGGAUAGAAGUUGCCAAUCUCGAUGGAAUGUAUCGUAAAGUCCUUUUCUGGCAGGACCUUGAUCAACCAAGGGCCAUUGCUCUUGAUCCACAGCAAGGAUACAUGUACUGGACAGACUGGGGUGAAAUUCCUCGAAUUGAACGAGCUGGCAUGGAUGGGAGUAGUCGCUCUGUCAUUGUGGACUCUGAUAUUUACUGGCCAAAUGGACUGACAAUUGACAUCGAAGAACAGAAACUUUAUUGGGCAGAUGCAAAGCUGAGUUUUAUUCAUAGAUCCAACUUGGAUGGCUCUUCCAGGCAAAAAGUUGUGCAAGGUACUCUGACUCAUCCAUUUGCCCUGACGUUGUUUGGAGAAACCUUGUACUGGACAGAUUGGCAAACCCGCUCAAUUCAUGCAUGCAACAAGAGAACUGGAGAAAACAAACGUGAAAUACUCGUCAGUAUUUACUCUCCCAUGGAUAUCCAAGUCUUCAGUCAAGAAAGGCAGCCACACAUUCCCACCACGUGUGAUGAAAUUAAUGGAGGAUGUUCCCAUUUGUGCCUACUGUCACCAAAAGAGCCAUUCUUCAAAUGUGCCUGCCCAACUGGUGUCCAGCUGAAAAAAGAUGGAAAGAUAUGUAAAGAAGGUGCUGAAGAGGUGUUGCUGCUUGCAAGAAGGACGGACCUGCGACGGAUCUCCUUAGACAUGCCAGAUUUCACAGAUGUCAUUCUGCAACUUGAUGAUAUUCGGGAUGCAAUAGCAAUAGACUAUGAUCCAGUGGAGGGAUAUAUUUACUGGACAGAUGAUGAAGUUAGAGCUAUUCGUCGUGCAUUUCUAGAUGGCUCAGGGGCCCAGACCUUGGUGACCACAGAAGUUAGCCAUCCAGAUGGAAUAGCUGUCGAUUGGAUAGCACAGAAUCUUUAUUGGACGGAUACGGGAACUGACCGCAUCGAAGUGACUCGAUUCAAUGGCACAUCUAGAAAAAUACUAAUAGCAGAAGGUCUUAAUGAACCUAGAGCAAUUGUCCUUAAUCCAGUAACUGGCUAUAUGUACUGGACGGAUUGGGGUGAAAGCCCGAAGAUAGAGCGUGCAAAUCUAGAUGGCUCUGAUCGAAUAAUUUUGGUUAACACCUCUCUGGGUUGGCCCAAUGGCUUGGCAUUAGACUAUGCUGAAGAGAAACUUUACUGGGGCGAUGCUAAAACAGACAAAAUUGAGGUAAUUAAUGUAGAUGGAACAGGCCGGAGAACACUUGUGGAAGAUAAGCUUCCUCACAUAUUUGGGUUCACUUUACUGGGUGAUUACAUCUACUGGACUGAUUGGCAGCGACGGAGCAUUGAACGUGUUCAUAAGCACCAUGCAGAGAGGGAGAUAAUCAUCGAUCAGCUACCAGACCUAAUGGGAUUGAAGGCAACAAGAGUCACAAAAGCAUUUGGAACAAACCCAUGUUCAGAGAAUAAUGGAGGAUGCAGCCACCUAUGUCUGUACGUGCCUCAGGGUCCACGGUGUGCCUGUCCAAUGGGCCUGGAGUUAAUAAUGGACAUGAAAACUUGCAUUGUACCCGAAGCCUUCCUCUUGUUCUCUAGUAGGGCAGACAUCCGUAGAAUUUCCUUGGAGACCAACAACAACGACGUGGCAAUUCCAUUAACAGGAGUGAAGGAAGCAUCUGCUCUUGAUUUUGAUGUUUCUGAUAACAGGAUUUAUUGGACAGACAUUAGCUUAAAGACCAUCAGUCGUGCUUUCAUGAAUGGAAGCUCUGUUGAGCAUGUGAUUGAGUUUGGUCUUGAUUACCCAGAGGGAAUGGCAGUAGACUGGCUCUCUAAAAACCUUUACUGGGCAGACACGGGCACCAAUCGGAUUGAGGUGGCACGUCUAGAUGGACAAUAUCGACAGGUUUUGGUAUGGAAGGAGUUGGACAAUCCACGGGCUUUGGCUCUUGAUCCUUCUGAAGGGUACAUGUAUUGGACUGAAUGGGGUGGUAAGCCAAGAAUUGUCCGCUCACACAUGGAUGGCACAAAUAGUGCUGCUCUGGUAGACAGAGUGGGACGGGCCAAUGGACUUACUAUUGACUAUGUAGAGAAAAGACUUUAUUGGACUGACUUGGAUACAUCAAUGAUUGAAUCUUCAAACAUGCUCGGGCAACAGCGUGAAAUCAUAGCUGAUGAUCUUCCUCACCCCUUUGGGCUAACACAGUACCGGGAUUACAUCUAUUGGACUGAUUGGAAUUUGCGCAGUAUUGAACGUGCUGACAAAAUGAAUGGACAAAACCGAACACUUAUUCAAGGACAUUUGGACUACGUGAUGGACAUCUUAGUUUUUCAUUCUUCACGGCAAGAUGGCUGGAAUGAAUGUGUGCAAACCAAUGGACACUGUUCUCAUCUUUGCCUUGCCGUGCCAACUGGCUACAAGUGUGGAUGUGCAUCACAUUACGUACUUGAUGGCAAUAACAAAACUUGUAGUUUGCCUGUUAGUUUCCUCCUGUUCAGUCAGAAGACUGCAAUUAGUCGCAUGAUCUUGGACGAGCAGCAGAGUCCAGACAUAAUUUUGCCUGUACAUGGUUUGCGAAAUGUGAAAGCAGUGGAUUAUGAUGCUGUUGACAAACUGAUUUACUGGAUAGAUGGACGCCAAAACAUCAUUAAGAGAGCUAGAGAUGAUGGUUCUCAAGCAUUCGUGGUUGUUUCUGGGCCAAACCAAAGCCAAAAUCCAGAUAUUCAACCCCAUGACUUGAGCCUUGACAUCUACAGCCGAACUGUCUACUGGACUUGUGAAACAUCGAACACUGUAAAUGUUAACAGACUAGAUGGAAAGCCCAUUGGAAUAGUUCUUCGAGGAGAACAUGACCGACCUAGGGCUAUUGUUGUCAAUGCAGAACGGGGGUAUAUGUACAUCACAAACAUGCAGGAAAGGUCCCCAAAAAUUGAGCGAGCAGCACUUGAUGGUACCGAAAGAGAAGUACUAUUUUCAACUGGAUUGAUUCGGCCUGUUGGUUUAGCAAUUGAUAAUAAGCUAGGGAAGCUUUUUUGGGUUGAUGCAGAUCUAAAACGCAUUGAAAGCAGUGAUUUAUCUGGUGCCAAUAGGCUGACGUUGCAGGAUUCUAACAUUCUGCAGCCAAUGGGACUUGCUAUUCUUGGAAACCACAUUUAUUGGAUUGACCGUCAGCAACAGAUGAUUGAGCGCAUUGAGAAGAUAAAUGGAGACCAGCGUACAAGAAUUCAGGGCAGAAUCGUUCAUCUUACUGGCAUUCAUGCAGUGGAAGAAUUGGAUGUGGAGGAAUUCAGUUCACAUCCUUGUUCCCGUGAUAAUGGCGGCUGCUCGCACAUCUGCAUUGCUAAAGGCGAUGGCACUCCACGAUGUUCGUGUCCUGUACACUUGGUGCUGUUACAGAACUUGUUGACGUGUGGAGAACCACCAACCUGUUCACCAGAGCAAUUCACAUGUGCAACAGGGGAGAUUGAUUGUAUCCCAAUGGCAUGGCGCUGUGAUGGUUUUGCAGAAUGUGAUGAUCACAGCGAUGAGGAAAACUGCCCAGUAUGUUCUCCCAACCAUUUUCAGUGUGAAAAAGGCCAGUGCAUUGAUGGACGCUUACGAUGCAAUGGUGAAGUAGAUUGUCAAGAUAAAUCUGAUGAGGAAAACUGUGAUGUUAUUUGUCAUCCGAACCAGUUCCGCUGCAACAGUGGUCAGUGUAUUAUGAAGAAACAGCGAUGCAAUUCAUUAUCUGAUUGCCUUGAUGGUUCAGACGAACUCCUUUGUGCAGAAUUAACUAAAGCCUCAUUGAAUGAGUUCCCGUCUCAGAGCAGUGCAAUUGGACCUGUGAUUGGUAUAAUCCUUUCGCUCUUUGUCAUGGGUGCUAUGUACUUUGUCUGCCAACGAGUUGUAUGUCGUCGAUACAAGGGACCCAAUGGACCCUUUCCACAUGAGUACAUCAGUGGAGCCCCACACGUUCCCCUUAAUUUUAUUGCUCCCAGCAGUUCUCAGCAUGGCACAUUCACUGGCAUGUCAUGUGGCAAGUCCAUGAUCAGCUCCAUGAGUCUGAUGGGAGGGAGCAGUGGGGCCCCAUUGUAUGACAGAAAUCAUGUGACAGGAGCAUCAUCUAGCAGUUCAUCAAGUACAAAAGGAACCUUCUAUCCACAGAUCUUAAACCCACCUCCAUCCCCAGCCACUGAUCGUUCUCUCUAUAAUACUGAAAUGUGCUACUCUUCCAACAGUCCUUCCACAACCAGGUCUUACAGACAUUACAUUAUGCAGAGUAUUGCACCACCUACGACUCCAUGCAGUACUGAUGUUUGCGAUAGUGAUUAUACCACAAGCCGAUGGAAGAGCCCCAAAUACUACAUAGACCUGAACUCCGACUCAGAUCCCUACCCUCCUCCUCCUACUCCUCGAAGCCCAUACAUGUCAGCAGAAGAGAAUUGUGAAAGUUGCCCACCAUCACCUCCUUCCACAGAACGAAGUUAUUUUCAUCUCUGCCCUCCCCCACCAUCUCCUUGUACAGAUUCCUCAUGAUCAUAACAAAAGAAACAUUUUUAUAAUUCUGUACAUAGCUUUAAAUACAUACAGAGAGAAAGUAUAUUUUAUGAAUUAAAAAUAGCUGGUGGGUGGGAUUAUCCAAAGGAAAGUGUACAGAGAUUGUGAGAAGAAGCAAUUAAAUUUUGUACAGAUGGAAAAAAAUAUUUAUGACAUUUUUUCAAGAAAAUACACCACUUGCAUUCUUGUGUCAUACUUUUAUUGUACAGAGCCAAAUAGAGAAGCAAAAGUAUAAAAAGUUCACAUGCUAGCACAGGCAGAAUAGUUUGCUUCUGUGCAAUAAAUUUCCAAUUUGAUGAAAUCAUAUUGGAAAUGAAAUUAUAAAAUGCAAUAUUCAUUGAUACUAAAUGGACAUUUUUUCUUUUAUACUUUUUCUACCUAUUUAUCAAAAUUAUAUUUGCUGUUCUUUAGAGUUUAAAUUUUAAAUUGUUAAUAUUUUCAAUAGAAAUCUAAACAAAUUCUAUUACUGAGUUAUUUCAAUGUACACAACCCUGAAUAUAUAAACCACUAGUCAGAAUUUCUGCAUGUUCGGUACAGAGCAGGUUACCUUAAAGUGUGUAUCAUUGCUUUUUGUAAGGAUUGUUUAUGAAAUGAAUUAAAAUAGUAGCUAACUAGCUCCUAGAGGGUGCAGGUUGAUAGCAGAAAAACAUGCCAACACUAGAACUGUAAUCGAGAGGAAUCUUGGUGUGGGAAAAUGUAAUAUUCCAUUGGUGCAUUUAAAGAGUACACUUGAGUUUGAGAUGAAAAUGUAUUAAGUAGGAUAUUUAACCCUAUACCUGACCUGAGCUACUUUACGAAAUCUAUAUCAGUUGAAGGUAUAAACACAUGAAUGUUUCACCCUCUUAUCAUAGAUAUUCCUUACUUUGAUAAGCACAAGGUUACUCAUAAAACAUUACAGAACAAAGUUUAUCUGAUUGGUGUGUGAUUUGUAAUUUGAUGUUAAAUUAUUUAUCUUGGAUGGAAAAACCAAAUUUUUUCCUUUAGGAAUUAUUUUAAUGUUUGGAUAUAUUUCUUUUGCUUGUAUGUACAGAAUGUUGUAGCUAUCACUGCUGAAAGUAUUUGUAGCGUGCCCUUUGUAAAUCUGUUACAGGAACUUGCACACUAGUAAUAAAUAACUAAGAUUUUGUUGGAUAACCAAGCUGCCUUAUUUAUUCAUAGUAUGACUAUCCAUGCUUGUACCACUAAAUUGCUGUGACAGUAUUGAAUUUAAGGUGAGAGAAUUUACCCAAUUGCUGUUGAUAUUAUUGAGGUACGUGCAUCUUUAAUUCCAGGGGAGUCUUUUUAUUUUAAAAAUUGUCACAAUAUGCAUUAAUCUUUUAUACAUUUACAGGUCCCAUUUUUCAGAUUUACCUUUUUGCACCAUAAAUGUUAAAUAUAUUUUAACUCAUUAAAUUUCAUUAUUUAUUUUAAAAAACUUAUUUACAGAUAUAUAUAAUUUUCAGCAGUACCACUACAACAAAAUUACUGAUUUUCUUACAAAGGCAACAACUCUAACGUCACAAGAAAAAAAAACUAUCGCAGAACCUUAGGACAUCUUGUGUUGUCUGUUGUAAUAACUGUGGUUAUGUUUAGAUUAAGUCCAUGAGAUGUGCAAAACCCAUUUAUUUUCUAUCUGUAUUUUUAGUUCAAUUUCUGAUCUGAUCAAAUAGUCUAAUUUUUUUAAGAUAUGGGAUAUUAUAACUUUUUCUAUAAAGUUUGCAGUUUUGGAGUUAAAUACAAUUAUACAGCUGACCCUGAAAUUUAUGGUAAAGAGACAGUUUAUAGAAUGUUUCUGUUUUUGGAGUUAACUUUGUAUACUCAACCUUCCAUAAUUAUUUUCAAAGGCUUAGAGGGAUUUUGUACACCUUUUUGAUAUACUUACAUGUAGUCUUAUCCUAGAAUUAUUGUUUCAAUAUAUCAUCAAUAUAUAUGUAUUUUAUGUUGGUGCACAAAAUACCUAAACCUGUAAUAAAAAGCAAAUCAGAGUUCUCAAAAAGCAAAAAUGGAUCUUGCGUUUGGGCUUAGCUACUCAACUCAAACCAAGAUCAUGCCACAUGUACCAAGUUUAGAGCAGGACAGACUUGGCUGGCCUUAAAUAAAACAUACUAAAUAGUUUAGAAGUUUUUUUUUUCUCUGUAAUGCUGGUUAGAAUGGGUACAUGCCAUGUGCCCUGAAUAGGAUUCUCUUAGGGUUGUGUAUGGAAAAAAAAAUUGUGGAGGUCAGGGCUGGCUCAGGUUGCCAUUAGGUUUAGGUCAAGUUUUCAUUCUAUUAACAGACAGAUCUCUGGAGUUUUUAUAAUGUGGGACUUCAAUUAAAAAUUAUCCCCAAUGGAAUACUUGGAAAAAUUGUGUUCAUUUCAAUCAUUUAAACUCAAUGCUGACUAUUAAUGUCAAUCAUACAGCAUUCAUAUUACCAUUCACUUCAAGAAUGCUUUCAAUGCAAAUAUAUAAAUUACUAACCAACCCUUCCCAUUUACUGUUUGCAUGUCAGGAAUUGACAAUGGUGAUCUCUGCAGAGGUGGAAAUGUUGAAUAAAUUAAUAGUACUUGAAUGUGCAUGUUACUGUUUAUUACUGAUUUCAAUUGUGGUACAGUACAUGGAACUGAAAUUUGAUUUGAGUAAUGUAUUUUAGUAACUGAAAAUACCAUUUCGCAAAACACAGAUAAUAGACUAAACACAACAAUAAUCAUACUCCUAUUGAAAAAAAUGGAAAACUGAAUUCCUAAUCUAUGAAAUACAGUUGGAUGAAAAUAAUUGGUUGGUAGCACUAAAUGCUUUGUAAUGUCUUGUCAGUGCAUUUUAAUCUGCCUCUGAAAUUCAUUCCAUUGAAGUUUAAUUGUUUGUGUUUUGUAAAUUUAGCACAACUAACUGGAAUAAAUUUUCAGUGAAUGUGCUUAUUUCCUCUAUUCUUAUUUUAUAUAGUUGCUUCGUCAUCUGCCUCAUUUGAAUAACUAAAGGCAAUUUUUUUUCGAUUAGUUUACUGCAAAUGCAUAUGUUCAUAAGAUUUUAAAUGUAGAAUUUGGUCUCACUGUGAUCCCAGUGAGAUUGUGCAAACAUCAGUGUAUACAAUGUAGGAGGGAAGAAGGAAGAAGUAUUUACUCUUGAGGAGUGGAGAAGGGGAAUGGUUCCUGUAUUUUCCUCCUCUUGCAUGCUGCAUGCUCAUUCUGCUCUAAGUAUAUCCCUGUUGAUCAAGAAAAGUUUGAUAUGGUCAGCUGCAAAAUUUUCGAAGGUUGUAGUGCAGCCUAUGUCUUAUGAUUAAUUACUGAAUUUAUUUGUAUGUUCAUGAAACAAAAUCUUUUUGAGCAAUGUUUGGAACAUUUGAAAAUAAACCAGCCAACAAGCUUAGGAUGAAGUUUCUUUCCCCACAAAGACAAUCCCAAAGCCACAAUGGGUUUAAUUGUUUUAUUGUGUCAUGUCCCCAUUUACGAGAUGAAAAUACUUCUUUUUCCCAAUCAAUUAAUAUUUAAUUUCCUUCAAAAUAACUAAUUCCUGUUUUGUGGCAAAUUCAAAAUUCUAAUCAUUUUUUCUAAUAUGUCUUUGGAUUGUUUUCUGAUUAAACUAAUUAAAUACCAGAUAGCAUUGACAAAUAAAAAGUUGUGUGUGUGUGUGUGUGUGUGAUGGGUACACGGGAAGUUAGAAGAGGUAGUUCAAAUGGGAGGUAACUCUAUGGAGCAUCAAUGGAUACUGACAACUUGGCCUGGGGUGGCCUGAUUCAAUUCUCUAUAAAUGAUGGUUGGUACUGGACUCAAGUGAAAAUACUAUGUAGAAUUUUGACCCCAUAUCACAGCAAAGGCAUAACAGUUGUAAAUAAUUUUUAAAAAAAGGAGCUACACCAAGAAAAUACAGUGCCUGGGGAAUUUAGAAAUCCAGAAAAUUGAACUUGACUGGUUAUAGUAGAGGAGAAGGUAAGAUAAACUUCAAUAUCGGUUCUAAAUAUUUUAAUUGUUUUGGUCAUGAACAUGGAAAGAUUUACUGUUGCAGUUUGUUACAUUGUCUCAGCAAUUGAAGUAACCAUUGAUUUUCUUCAGAGAAAAAUAGUGAAAGUAGAGGAAGAUGCAAAGGGUUGAGGAUGAGAAAGUGUCUGAUUGUGGAUGAUUAAUUGAAGCAUUGUAGAUGGUUCACUGUAUACAUGAGGAAGAUGAGAAUAGACGUAGUGUAGAACAGGUAAUUAGAAUGGGAGGUAACAAUUUUGCAAAUAAGUAUUUAAGACUAGAGCAGAUGGAUAAUUCUGAAUUACUAUUCCAGAACACAAUGAGGACAACAAUUAGAAAUCUUGCUCUAGAAUUCUGUUUUUAUCUUCUAGGAAGUAUAGGUACAAUUAAACAACAAUUUAUCUACUUCUUAUUAUUUCUGACAUAAAUGUAAUUUAUUUUUCCUAAAAAUCUGUUAAGUUUUCCCCAGCAUAUGCAAUUGAAACAAUUAAACUUGGAAUCGAAGACAAAAUGUUUAGGUGAAGGUGCCCAAACCUUAGACAGAUUUACUGAAAUAACUCUUGGCAAGGUUAGAUUGUAAUUAGAAUUCAUUCAAUUCAUUCUCAUUAUCUCUCUCUGUCUGUCUGUCUGUCUCUCUCUCUCUCUCUCUCUCUCUUUCUCUGUCUUUUCACCCACAUACUGCAAACCUCAACUAAUACUGUUGAGCUUCAUUUCACAAGAUAGUGAUAAAUAGUUGGCCUGAAAAUUGGUGUUAGGAGCAUGUUUCACAGUGGGAGUCAGCAAACAUUAUGAAGUUUCAAAAAAAAUUGCUUUAACAUGCUGCCAUAAAUAAUAUAAAUCAUUCAAAUAAGAAGGAUUGCUAACAGAUUUGAUCUUUUAAAACUGCUAGACUGCAUGGAAUUUCUGCAUUUGUUUUGAAAAGUUCAAUGCAAACAGGCUGACUAUAACAGCCUUUAAACAUUUUACUGGCAGCUGCAAUGGGGUUGGCUUAACUAACUUAGUUACCACCCUUAAUGUUAAAUAGUGUUUCUCUCUGAUGUUUAAAUUUAUAGCCAACAUUUGGUCUAUUUUCAUUCUCAACUCCUGGUUUUUGCAUGUUUAAUUUCUAUGCUUCUAUUUCCUUGUAUAAAUAUAUGUAAAGACAACAUGAAUUCACUUUAUUUGUAAUA